UGUCGGACAUAUUCGCGUGCAGGUUCCUUAAUUUACUCAAAUCUUCCAUUGCUUCGUUCCUUCCUUCGUCUCUUUCCUGUCACAUGUUAUUUCCUUAAACGAAAUAGAUACUCACAUUCACAAAUCCCAUUACCUUCGUACGUCCUUUGUCGCUUCAUUACACCCUACUACGUUUUUCUAACCAAAUGAUUAGAGGAUCGUCUCUUUCACAUCCCCAUUGAAAACCUUCACAAAAGUUAUUCACUUUUCUCGGUUAAUUUCAAUGGGCUUUCUUCAAUUUCUUCUACGGAUCUCUCUACGGGUGAGGAGCUAGCCACUCUUGCUUCCUUUUCUGAGAUCGUCACAUGGAUCGGAGGUUUAGAUUUCUGUGUCAGCCAGAAACUACGAGAUUAGUUUCACUCAUUGGAAUAACAGUGGCUAUAGUAUUAAUGGUUCAGUAUUCUGAACUUCCAACUACUAAAUUAUUAUCUUCUCUUACUACCAAGAUUACUACUUUCGCAAUGGAUGCAUCUACGCUUAAUUCUAAAGUGGAGGGUAACAAUAUGUACCUAAAUGGUUCAAAUUCAAACUCUACGCAUGGGUUGGAAGAAACAAAAAUUAGUCCUCAGGCCUCCCUUUCAGGACUUGAUGGUGUUGUCAAUUUUACAACCAGAGAUGAUGGUUCUCCAAUUGCUAGUGUUCAGGGAAGAUCACAACCUAUGGUGCCAUUGCCCAAUAGAACAUCCUUAGAUUCAGGAACGGAUCCCGGUAGUCCUUUGGCAUCUAACACUUCAGAUGCAACUUCAAUGAAAUCCAAUGCCAACGAUCCAGUUUACAAUGAUGGAAACUCAGGUUCUUUGCAAGGUAGUAGUAAUUCGACAUUCAAUAGUGGUAAGCAAGGGACUGCAAAGAGUUCCAAAAAGAAGCCAUCUAUAGUAGUUUCAAUAUCUGAGAUGAACUUGCAGUUGCAGCACAAUCAUGAUUCUUCCCAGCUAGUGAAACCAGCAAGGUCUUCAGCUGUUGAAAUGGAAAUAUUUCGUGCAAAAUCAGAGAUUUUAAAUGCACCCAUUAUUAUGAAUGAUUCAAGACUUUACUCACCUUUAUACAGGAAUGUCUCCAUGUUCAGAAGGAGUUAUGAACUAAUGGAGAAGAUUCUCAAAGUUUUCAUCUACCAGGAUGGAGACAGACCAAUCUUUCAUGAGCCCUUGCUGGAUGGAAUAUAUGCAUCUGAAGGAUGGUUCAUGAAAUUAAUGGAGGCAAACAAACAGUUUGUCACAGGAGACCCUGGGAAGGCUCACUUGUUUUACAUACCUUUCAGUUCAAGAUUGUUGCAGCAAACUCUCUAUGUGCCUAAUUCACACAAACGUUCAAACUUAAUUGAGUACAUGAAAAGUUACGUGAACAUGAUUGCUGCAAAGUAUCCUUUCUGGAAUAGAACUUCAGGAGCAGAUCACUUUGUUGUUGCUUGCCAUGAUUGGGCUCCUGCAGAAACAAGAGGGCGUAUGCUUAGUUGCAUCAGGGCCCUCUGCAAUGCUGACAUUGAAGUAGGAUUCAAGAUAGGCAAGGAUGUUUCUCUUCCAGAAACAUACAUAAGGUCAAGUGAGAAUCCUGUCAAAAAUAUAGGAGGCAAUCCUCCUUCUGAGAGGCCUAUCUUGGCUUUCUUCGCAGGAGGUUUGCACGGUUACGUUCGACCAGUUCUGUUGGAGCACUGGGAGAACAAAGAACCUGACAUGAAAAUAACUGGUUCCUUGCCACAUGUCAGGGGUAAUAAAAACUACAUCCAGCUCAUGAAGAGCAGCAAGUUCUGCAUCUGUGCAAGAGGUCAUGAAGUUAAUAGUCCCCGUGUGGUGGAAGCUAUAUUCCAUGAGUGCAUUCCAGUUAUCAUAUCUGACAAUUUUAUUCCUCCUUUGUUUGAGAUUUUGAACUGGGAAUCUUUUGCUGUGUUUGUAACGGAGAAAGACAUCCCUAAUUUGAGGAACAUACUGCUGUCCAUCUCUGAAGAAAGAUACUUAGAGAUGCAUAAGAGGGUUAAAAAGGUACAAGAGCAUUUUCUCUGGCAUGCUGAACCUGUAAAGUAUGAUUUGUUUCAUAUGCUUCUUCAUUCAAUUUGGUACAAUAGACUUUUCCAUAUAAGUCAGCCAUGAUCAUGUAUCAAUUUUGUAGAAAACUCAUUGUGUAGGAUUGAUAACUUUAUGAUGGGUAGAUUGUAUGAGUUCACAAAUGAAGCAAGAAGAAUAUGAUUAGAGAAAAAGUCCAUGCAUUCUACAGGGUAAUAUCUACCCCUAGAGAAAAGAAUGCAUAAUAGUUUUUCGAGCAUAAUAUUAUUGUUUGGUCGUGUAGUGAAAUCAUGGAGAUCUUUGUCUUUAUUACUUUUUGAGGUAUUUGGCCAAAGCAUAGAGUGCUUGUAAUGUGACAGUAGAACAGAAAAUCACUUAUUUUAGAAACGGCAAGGAAUUGACACUACUCAUGGGAAGCAAAAGCAAGUACAAAAGAAAUUUAUGGCUUUGAUGAUUUUAGAUUUUCUGCAUUUGUGUACGUAAAGAAAAGGGGAGAGUUGAUGAACUGCUUAUAAAUGGAGAAGCAACUCAAGCACUUGAUCAA